AUGUCGAAAUUACGAACAUUAGCAGUGACAGACUCAUAUCAACAUUUAGAACUUAUUGAUCAAAUUUCAUCAGUUACAAAUUUAACAAUUCCAGAUUGUUAUUUGGAUUCGUUACAGCAAAUAUUAAAAACAGUACCGAUGUUAAAAUAUCUUAACUGUCAAAAUAUUUCUCAACGUAAAAAGUUUUGGAAUCAUUCAAUAGAAUUUGAAGAUUUGAAGAUGUUCAUAAAACAUACACCAAAUUUAAAAAGUUUAAUUAUAUCUGCUGAUUAUGAAAGAGAGAUGAUUGAUGCUUAUCGUUGGGAACAAUUGAUCAUAUCUUCACUUUCUCAAUUAAUUCGUUUUCAAUUUAAAUUUCAAGUUUCUCGUCGAAAAGAUAAUGAUGAUAUUCUUGAUAAGUUCAAACAAUUUUACACUGACUUUUGGCAAGAAGAACAUUGUUGGUUCGUCGAAUAUAUCUUACGUGACUAUUCAGCAGAGAUUUAUACAAUACCUUAUAUACUAAAUACAUAUACAUUAACAAUCGAUUUGAUAAGAUAUUCGAAUAAAUUAGUGAAUCAAUUCAGCACAUUCGACAAUGUGACAGAUUUAAUCAUAGAUGAUCAAGGAAUAACGAAAAACUUUUUAUAUCGCUUUUCAAACGUGAUUUCAUUAACAUUACGACAUUUAACACACAAGUGGAACAAGAAUGAUGAUAGUUUAUUGAGAGAAUAUAUCGAAUCUUUAAAAAUGAUUGUUAAUUUAUCUAAUAUAAAACAUUUAGAUAUUUCAAAUGAUCAUCGAAUGGAAAUAUCAUUGGUAUUAUUGGAAAUCUUAAAAGAAGCAUCAAAUUUAUCAUCUAUUAAAAUUGCACCACUUAUUUUAAAAUCAUUAUUGGAUAAUAAUGAUUUACAGAAAUAUUUAAAUAAAAUGAUUCGAAAAUUGAAUAUAUCUGGAUAUAGUCAAUAUAUAUUCAAUGGACAGACUGUGACUCAAACAACAUAUCAUAUUUGA